AUGGUGCGCGUAGCAAUGUGCCCCGAGAACUCUGCCAACCAGCAGGGAAUGCCUCAAGCACACAGGUUCCCCCUUCUCAGCCUCCCCGCCGAGAUCCGCAACAACAUCUACCGCGAGGCCCUCAUAACCCCCGACAUCGUCCGCUCCCUCGUGCCACCCGCCCUCCUCCAGACCAGCCGGGCCAUACGCAACGAGGCAUUGGCCAUGUACUACACCCACAACGCCUUCGAGAUCACGGUGAAGCGGGGCCCCGAGCACCGGUCGCACGACGCCCACGUGAGCGUCCCCAUCGUCGACAAGUUCGCCCUGCAGCGCUUCUCCGCCAUGUGGGCCGACUUCAACAACCACGGGUCGGACGUCCUGCGGUACGUCACGCGCAUAACCCUCAUCUACGAGCUAUCCAUGACCACCGGCUGCGGCUUCGGCCACGACCCCUACGACGGGCGCGUCGGCCUGCGGUUCCUCAGCGGCACGCGGGAGGAGGACCAGGACCCUUCCUACGGGGAGCCUGGCUUCGGCGCCGGCAUGGACAAUGACCGCGACGAGGACGAGAGCGACUCUGGCGGCAGCGGCUCGGACACCGACUCCGACGCCAGCGACGAGGAGUUCCGCGGACUGAAUGCCGAGGAGGUCAUGGAGCUCGAUGCUGAGCUGGCCGAUCUCAACAUUCCCGACGACCCCUUCGCGAGGUUCCGCACCAACUGGCGGCUGCGCCCGGCCGACGACUUCGCCGAGGUUGGCGUCUUCGAGGUGGUCACGGGCGGAAACUUCAACAACUGGCAGAGCCGGACCGAGACGUACAACCUCCUGCGCGACCAGGUCGGCACAUACUGCACAGACAUAAUCUGGCAGGUCUACCCCCUCAAGAGGCUCGCCAAGAUGCUGCGGCGCUGCGCGAUAGACUGCCCCCUCGCGGCGCAGAACAUCGACUUCCUGUGCGACGAGUACCAGCACUGGAUGGAAGAGGAGGAGCCGUACCGCCCCUUCCACAGCGGGGGCUUCUACGACCCUGAUCGGCGCGUGAGAGCCCCCGAGGUCCUAGAGCCAGCACUUGAGAUGCUGUAA